UUCAGUCAAUGAAAAAUGAGUAAACUUGUAUAUAACGUUUCGUUUACAAAGUUUCGCUAGUAUACUAUUUUCUUUUGUCAACUCAAAUCAAACAUGAAUUUCGCCAACCUAAUUUAUUUGUUAUUGUUCGAAGCUGUAUCUUCAACGUCAUCGCAUGUAGUAUUUGAAGAAAAUAAAUCUCUUUGUAAUCCAAACCCUUGUGGAAAAGGGAAUUGUGUUGAUUUAGAGAAUACUUUUGAGUGCGUUUGCCCCCCGGAUGGAUUUACUUACGUCGAUAAUUGCAUUCCAAAAAACUGCUUUCCGAAUCCAUGCAAAAAUAAUGGUACUUGUGAACCUGCAACUAUAUAUGACCUUUCGUAUAAAUGUGCAUGUCAGAAAGGAUUUCAUGGAAAAAACUGUGAAGCAGAAACAAAUAAUCCUUGCAAACUGAAUCCGUGCAAAAAUAAUGGCAAAUGUAGUUCUAAUGGAGAUAAAUUCAAUUGCAUCUGCAUGGAAAACUUUAGAGGACCUACUUGUGAAGAACAUCCUUGCAGUCAAAAUCCGUGCAAAAAUAAUGGGACUUGUGGAUUUGAUGGAGAUAAUUACUUCUGUACCUGCAAGCAAAACUUUAAAGGGCCAACUUGUGAAGAAGCAAAUAAUUUUUGUGUUCCAAACCCUUGUGGAGAAGGAAUUUGCGUUGAAUCAAAUAAUACCUUCUCGUGCAUUUGUCCCUUGAAUGAAAUUUCUUACCUCGAAUAUUGCAUUCCAAAAAACUGUUCUCCGAAUCCUUGCGUAAAUGGUGGCAUUUGUGAGCCUUUGACGCAAAAUGACCCUCCAUAUAAGUGUGUAUGUCAGAUGGGAUUUCAAGGAAAAAACUGUGAAUCAGAAACUAAAAAUCCUUGCAUCUCUAAUCCCUGCCAAAAUAAUGGAAUUUGCAGUUCUGAUGGAGACAAAUACAAUUGUACAUGCAAAGAGAAUUUUAGUGGAACUAACUGUGAAGAGCCACAAACUAAAAAUCCUUGCAUCUCUAAUCCCUGCCAAAAUAAUGGAAUUUGCAGUUCUGAUGGAGACAAAUACAAUUGUACAUGUAAAGAGAACUUUAAUGGAACUAAUUGUGAAGAACAAACUAAAAAUCCAUGCAUCCCUGAUCCCUGCAAAAAUAAAGGAAUUUGCAAUUCUUAUGGAGACAAAUACAAUUGUACAUGCAGAGAGAAUUUUAGUGGAACUAACUGUGAAGAGCCACAAACUAAAAAUCAUUGCAUCUCUAAUCCCUGCAAAAAUAAUGGAAUUUGCAGUUCUGAUGGAGACAAAUACAAUUGUACAUGUAAAGAGAACUUUAGUGGAGCUAAUUGUGAAGAACAAACUAAAAAUCCUUGCAUCUCUAAUCCCUGCCAAAAUAACGGAAUAUGCAGUUCUGAGGGAGACAAAUACAAUUGUACAUGUAAAGAGAACUUUAGUGGAACUAAUUGUGAAGAACAAAUUAAAGAUCCUUGCAUCCUUAAUCCUUGCAAAAAUAACGGCAGUUGUAAUUCUGAUGGAGAUAAAUACUCUUGUACAUGCAAGGAAAACUUUAGAGGAACUAAUUGUGAAGAACUCAAAGAUCCUUGCAUGCAAAAUCCUUGCAAAAAUAAUGGUAUUUGUAGUUCUCAAGGAGAUAAAUAUCACUGUACGUGUUCAGAAAACUUCAGAGGACCUGCAUGUGAAGAACGAUAUGAAGAUUUUUGUAGUCUAAAUCCUUGCAAAAAUGGCGGUAUUUGCAGUUCAGAUGGAAAUACUUACUACUGCACUUGUUUGGAAAAAUUUAAGGGACUGAAUUGCGAAGAAUCUCAAGAUCCUUGCUUGCAAGAUCCAUGCAAUAAUGCAAGCUGUUUUAGAGAUUCAGAAAGUUUUAGAUGCGAGUGUAAUAUAUCGUAUGCCGGAAAAAGGUGUAAAGAAGAUUUGCAAAGCGGAGCUGGAGAUACUGUAGACACAAUUAUUUAUGCGAGUGGUGGUGCUGGAUUUUUGCUUCUUGCUGUAUUAGGAAUUUUGAUUCUUUUACGCAUGAAAAGGAAACGGAGAUCUGAGAUAAAUUAUAUUCAAAACAUUGAUGCUUCAAGUGUUGGAAGUGACACCAGUGGCACAAACAUGAUGGCGUAAAUAAGAGAAAUAAUGCAAAAAAUUACCCUCAUAGCUUUUAGGGAAAAUUAGACAACUGAUACUAUCAAGCUAAAGAGAAAAUCAAGUUUUGAAAUAAAUUGUUAGUUGUCUUAAUUUUUUCCUAAAACCAGAUAAAAAGAUCACAUGUGAACUCAUAUUUUUGACAUCUCACGUAUUUCAUGGCUAUGCUUAAAUGACCUUCAUGCUAUAUCAUUCAACUUAAUAGUCAAUUUCUACAUAUUUAUUAACCAUUCAUGUCAUUUUCUUUUAUAAAACUUUUGAAAAUAAAGUUUUUUUUAAAAAAAAAAUUGUGAUAUUUCAAUCAAAAAUGUGAAAUUUAA